UUCGAUAAAUCGUAUCGUAUUCUACUUUUAAUUAUUCAACUCAUGCAAUUUUGAAUUUUAACCUGAAAAUUCUGCAAGCACAGUUUGUAUUAUUAAAGAAACUAAAAAGGAAUAAAAUAUUGGCUUAUCAAUAAAAUAAGUAUCAAUUUAUAAUCAAUAUUGAGAAAAAAAAAUUGUCAGCUAAAUGUGGAUUAAGAACUCGUUUCCCAAUCCGAGAUUCGAAAAAAGGAGUAAAAGAAAGAGAGGAAGAUAGGCAAGCUGGAUCGUACGUGAUACACGUGGGUCACGCCGGGGAAACUUUUUUUUAUUAUUUGACGAUAUGGACGAUAUGGACAUAAAUUCUACGAUAGAUAAUGCGACUGUCGUUGCGGAUAAUUUAGCAGAAUCAUCAACGAAAAUGAGUAAACGUCAAGUGAAGCGAUUGCGGAAAGAAAAGAUGUGGCUAGAACGAAAGAACGAAAGAAGAUUGAAAGAGAGGAUUAAAGCAAGGGAAAAACGUGCAUAUGCACGUGCGAAUAAUCUGAGCCUAGGUCCGUCCAGAAAAGUAUUAAAAAGAAGCACUAUGGCAGCGAGUGCUUGUACACUCACAGUAACCAUUGACUUAUCAUUUGAUGAGUUAAUGAUCGAUAAGGAUAUUGCUAAGCUAACCAAGCAGAUAUUAAGGUGCUAUACUUUGAAUAGAAGAGCAGCAGCACCCAUGCAAUUUUCCCUCACCAGCUUUACUGGCAAGUCGCGUGCCAGCAUGGAGAAGCACAAUGGAUAUGAACACUGGGAUGUCUGCUUUCACACAAAUUCGUACAUAGAUGUUUAUCCCAAAGACAAAAUCAUAUAUCUCACAAGUGAGUCGAAAAACGUGAUAGAUCGUCUGGAACAUGAUUGCACAUAUGUCAUAGGUGGUCUUGUCGAUCAUAAUGCGCAUAAAGGAAUGUGCCACAAGCUUGCGAUAGAAGCUGGCGUUAGGCAUGGCCGACUGCCGUUAGACAAAUUCCUACAGAUGAAGGCAAGGAAAGUGUUGACUAUUGAUCAUGUUUUUGAAAUAUUACUAAGAAUCUCAGAGGGUAAUACUUGGCAGGAAGCGUUCCUAAAAGUAUUACCGGAGAGAAAAAACGCUCGGCCGAUCGUUUCUGUGCAAUCCAAAGAGAAGACGAUAAAUUUAAAAUCUGUCGAUGUAAAUAGUUCAAUGUCGAUUGAUGUAAAUAAUAUAACGCCUAUUGAUAUUGAUAACACAAUGCCGAUUGAUGUAAAUAAUGCGACGCCGGCUGAUGCAAAUGCGGUAUCGGAUGAUGUAAAUAAUGCAACGGUAGAUGAUGCAACUAAUGUAGGGCCAGUUGAUGUAAAUAAUGCAGCGUUGGAUGAUGCAACUAACGCGGCGCUGGUUGAUGUAAAUAAUGCAGUGCCAAUUGUAGCUAAUACUUGCAAUGAGGAGAGUUACGGUAGACUUGAGUGCAAUACAGAGUCGAAGAUCAUAGAAGGGAGCGCAUCUAAAUUUAUGAUUAUGGAUACAGCAGAAACAACAUAAGAAAAUAUAACAUGUUUAAA